AUGAAGGUGUUGGUCGCGGAGGCGGAACGCGUGAAAACCGCUAAAGCUACGGCUGGCACGGUUGGUGGCACGAAAGGAGGGGGAGGGGCUGGCGGUUCUGGGCGGGAUCCACUCGAGGGCAACGAUCCUGUGGCCGCGUAUGGGCAUGAGUUCCGCGGCGACAUUCAAUAUGGCAUGGGCGAAACCGAUGGCAGACAUGGGACGCAGGAAAAGGACCGUGAGAAUGAGACCGAGGGGAUGGAGGGGGACUCAGGACAGGAGGAUAAGGCGGACAGGGAAGAGGAGGGGGGUGCGGAGCAGGAUGAUGAGGAGGAGGAAGAUGAAGAUGGAAAUGAGGAUGAUUCUGAAGAGGGGGAUGACGAGAGUGGGAGUGGAGACAACUCGGAGGAAGAUGUGUAUACCGGAGAUGGGGAAGAGGCGGAUGCCGAAAUGGCAGACGACUUUGUUGACCUCGUGGACGAAGGGGCUGAUGACGGGACGGACGGUGCGAAGGGAAAUAAGCGUAAGAGGGUUGGUGGACGAAAGAGAAACAAGGGUGCCGCCGGGAAAGGGAACGGGUCCACUGCUAAGGCACAUAUGGAGGUGCAGCAUAAGCACCACUAUGCGAUAUGGCUGAGGAAAUUCAAUGCUGGCGAGAUAGGCCCCGACGACUACUUCUCGGAAGGAGGCUAUGGACAGGGUGACGAGAUUCCGGAUGGGAAGCUUGAGUGGGAGGGCUCAGCCACGUGGCCGGCGCCGCCCCCUGUCGGUGUGCCAGGGAAGUCAGGGCAGCAGCGGCUGACCAAGUACUUCCCCGAGCGCUUCGACAAGGACGUCCUCCAGCAGGCCAUGGUGGAGUGGGUUGUGGCAACCGACCAGGCCUUCAGCGUCGUUGAACACCCCACGUUUCAUCGGAUGAUGAUGGCCGCCAACCCAGCGUGUGCGGAGGAGAAGGUCAUCCCUAGCCGCUCCACUCUAGCCUGCCAGAUUCUUCGCUUGGCAGACCUGGCUCAAACGAAGCUCAACGAGGAGCUCCUUGCUGAUGGGUCAGGGGCUGUCGCCCUGACCCAUGACAUAUGGACCGGUGAGAACCACUGGUCCUACAUGGCUGUCACGGGCCAUUCUAUAUCAAAGGACUGUGAGCUGCGGCGGGUCACGCUGAAAUUCCGCGCACUUCCUGGCGAACAUACUAGCAAGAAGAUUGUCCAGGUGCUGGAGGACGUGGUGAAGGAGUGGGACCUAGAGGGCCAGUGCAGUGUGGUGACGUCGGACAACGCCUCGUCCAACGUCGUCGCGAUGGAGUACCUCUGUCGCGGUGGGAUGAGCGACCGCCAGCCUCCCUUGUUCUUCUCGGGGAUGCACGUUCGCCCAUCCCCAUGCUCCAGGUGCCUAGACCACAUCUGCAACCUGGCUGUACAGCUAGCGUUGAAGAGUGUGCUAGACAUCAAUGAGCCACUGGGGCUUCUUCGAGACCUCGCCUCAUUCAUUGGGUACUCGCCCAAGCGGACGACGGCCUUCGAGCUUGAGCAGCGGGUUCAGAACGCCAAGGCCAAGUUGUUGCGUCUGCGUCAGGACAACGAAGUGCGCUGCGGCGCUACCUAUCUCAUGCUCGAGCGUGCUCUCCGCCUCAAGCACGCCAUCAUCAACUACAUUCGGCACACCGAGGGCAUGACAGCGAAAGACGCGGCCCGCCUGCAGCAACUGACCCUCUCCGAGACCCAGUGGCUGGCCCUGGAGGAGCUCCGCGACUUCCUCCAGCCCUUCCGCACCGUCACCCUGGCGGUGGAGGGUUCCUCGUACCCCACCAUCUCAAGGGUGGACCCGCAGUUCAACGAGCUGCUGGACAGCAUUGAGAGGCUCAGGGACCGGGAGGAGGGGAGUGGCUCACACCACGUGGCCGCCGCGCAAAUUUUGGAGCUUGUACGGGCGAAGGUGCCCCCGUACAAGGAGAAGGUGGUGGCGGCUAGGAGGAUGCGGGGUGGAACUGGUGGUGGUGGGGCCGGCCGCGGAAGGGGGGAGACGGGAUCAGGAGGGGCCAGCAGCAGUGGCCGAAAGGGGGGUGUUGGGGGCAGCAAGGGCGGCAAAGGAUCCACCACCGAUGCCUUCGAUGGUGCAGUGGGGGACAAGAUGGGUUUGGUGGCGCGGCUCGCAGCUUUCCGUAGCCGUCAGUAG